UUCACUGCCUUUAAAUUAUUGUUCAAUCUCGCCAAGAAUUUGGAGACGAAGAACUCGUUACGCUGAGUCUUCAAUUUGUCAGUAUCAGUGGUCAAGGAUUGGAAGACAUUGAGUUCUUCAACUAUACCUCGGAAAGUACUGUAAUAUUCGGACAAUGGCUUGUCUGUCUGGCGAAACUGAAACAGUUUUUCAUAGAUAUCAUAGAUACGGGUCAUGUUCUUCUCCUGAGAGUAGGUCUCCUUCAAGUCAUUCCACACUCCCUUGGCAGUAGAAUGAAACAUAAUAUUGGCAGCGACAUCUGGUUCCAUACUGUUCUAUAACCAAAUUAAGAUUAGAGCAUUCUCAUUCUGCCAUUGAGCAUAACCAGUGUCAGAUUCUUUGGGAGGAUCAGAGGUGGUGUAAUCAAGCUUAUCCUUCGCCAUCAGAUAAACCUUGACCGACUGAGCCCAAAGAAGGUAAUUCGAGCUUCCCUUAAGCUUGAUGGAUGUAAUCUGGACAUUCACAUUAUCCGAUGCAGAGGAGGUAGUACUAGGUGUAGUAGUAGUCUUGGUCCCAGCCAUGAGAGCAAGGAGUAGUGACAAGUAAGUAGUGCAGAGAACCAAAUAAGGGCAACUCACCAACCAGAACUGAUAAACAGCAGCCAAGUAGCAAUCGGCCUCCAAGAAACCGAAAAAAAAAUUCCAGCCAAUAGGGGCUGCUGGUAGGGUAGAUUGAUCUUGAUGGGAGCAAUAAAAGAGGCUUCAAAAAGCCUAGUAGUUUAUGUAGAUAAGUAGUAAACAUCAGCACAGUCAACCAUGAAGCAAUAGAGACUUCUCACAUAGGGCAGCAGCCAAGAACACAUCAGAAUUGGGGGCGGCAGCCAUUAAAAACCUGCAGAACUAGGUAUCGGCUUCAGCAAUUUCAGAGAGUCAAGGCUGAAUCCAUGCAGUAGUGGUAGGGAAGCCUGAUUGUGCCUAUAUCAUUAUAAUCAGACCAACAAAUUAGAGUAAGAGCAGCAAUAGGUGGCUGCGCACCAAAGAGGGGUAGCGCAGGGUUGAGAUCAGCAGAGAAUGAUGACCUAAAUCCUUGAUUUGAUUACAGAAGCUCUGAUACCAUGUUACAAUCCCAGAUUCCUGUAAUCAAACCGGUAAAACCAGAAGAAGAGAGGAAGAAAAGAGAAAAAGAAAGAGAAGAGGGAAAGGAGAAACCACAGAGAGCCUCAAAGAGCCUCAAAGAGAGAGGAACCUGUGAUCAGUCCAGAAUGAGGCUGAUCGCAGGAAUCCUUAGUUUAUAUAAACUUAAUAUGUGAACAAGUACUGGAAUGCCCCCAAUACAAGAGAACCAAACCCUAAAGACACAUAGGGACCCGAUAGGACAGAAUUGCCCCUAUCAGGUCCAGUGAAUAGCCGGGAUUAGCUCCUCUCAACAGAUUGCAUGUCCACGUUGUGGUAGAUGAUUGUGCUUAUGUACAUGAAUGUAUAAAUAUUUCUUGCUUUCAUGCAUAAUUUUUUUUUAGAAAUUUCUUUUUAAAUAUUUGCAGAUCCUUAGUAUUUUGUGUGUUGUCAGUUACCUUGUGUUGAACAUCAUGAGCCACCCACAGCAGCUGCGGUGCAAGAUGAAGCUGCACUAAGUUGUGAAAUGCAAAAUACUCCUGAACAUGCCCAGGUUCCAACACAUCAGCCAGCUGAUGAUUUACCUGCGGAUGAAUCUAAUCAUGAUACAUCUGUUAUGGGACCUGUUCAACGAUUGCUACUGCUUUUGUCAAUGGGUCCACCCUCUACUGCAUGUGAUCGACAAGAUGAAUCUGUAAUGGGGACUCGUCAUGAGACGACAAUUGAAGAACAUACUUCCUACCAACAGGCUCAAAUCCAGGAACCACUGAUGGACAAUCCAGCAGAGUCAUCUAAUGAGUCUGAUUCAACACCACCAGUUGAGGACCAAUCUGAGCCAUCUCUCUCUCUUCUACCACCGAUUACCUCUUUGCCGCUGCAGCUGCCUGUGAAAAGGCCUUCAGCUGGAAGCGGGGCAUUAGCGUCAGACACUAGCACAACCGUUAUUCCAGAGUCCAGUAAUUGUCCACAAGUUGUACAUUUAGUUGGAAGCAGUACACAUGUUACUGGGGGUGUAGGGACUGUUCCAGAAUCCAGCAACCAUCUACCAGAACCAACUACGGUUGCAACCCAGAUGUGUCAGCCACGGUACCCUGAUCCACUUCAACGUGAAAUGGAAAGACUACAAGAAGAAAAGGAGGAGACCAUCAAAUUCCAUGGAGAUCUGAAAUUGCGGCUUGAAUCUGAAUGCGAUAAGGAGAUAGAGGAUAUUCAUAGAAAGUAUGCUGCUUUGCUUCAGCAGUCUGAGACUGCACUGGUGCAGAAGAGGAAAGCACUGGAUGCAAACUACAACAAAGUUUUUAUUAAUAAGAUGUUGGCCCAUGCAUUUAGAUCCAAAUUCAGUGGGCAAAUGGAAUCUGGGGCACAGGGACAGCCACAAGGGAUGCCUACUAGUUUCAGGCAACAGUCAUUUCAGCUAUCAUCGCACCGACAUGCUCAGAGGCCUGCCACUUUGUCUAGUCCUCCAGCAGCUCCACCACUGCAGGUGGUGCACCAUACCUCUGCACUUUUCUCAAGUAACCCUGUCAGACAACACAUUAGCCCCGUUGUUCCUUCCGCAGGGAACCUUCAAGUUGCCAGUGAGCCACGGGCCCCUGCCCCUCACCUUCGGUGCUUCAGACCUUCCAGAUCCAUGUCAGCACCCAAUAUCCAGCCUCGUCCUCACACCAUUCCCGGUCAGCAGGCACUUGGUAAUGCUGCUUCCACUUCUUCCAUGGUUCCUCAGCUUGCUUCCCAGCCACUGACACAUUCAUCAGGGCCUCUUAGCAGGAGCGAGCGACUAGAAAGAGUUGGAGGGUUGGCAGGUUUCAGUAACCGUUCUUUGUCUGCUUUGGAGCUGCUAUUGGAUAUUAGCAACCAGCCUGCUGUGAACCCUCCAAGUCUAUUACAGCCUUUUCCAGAUUUGGGUCUGACCUUGGAUACGUUGGACCCAUCUGAACUCACCUCACAUGGUAUUUUGAGAGGCACUGCAGCACGUACUGGUCAAACAUCAGAUGUGCAUUUCUAUUGAUGACAAGUUGGAGGAUGAUAAGUUUUGUACCAAGAUAAUGGUAUGCUUGGAAGGUGAAGAAGCCUUAUUUUGUGUCUUUUCUUUUUUGGGUAAAAGAAGCUCAAAUUUUGUAAUAUAUUGUAUAUAUAUUGCAUAUAGUCCCGGUAUCGAACUCUUCAGUUGGUCCCUGAAGUUGAUCUACAAAUUUUGGUUUUAAUGGAGCUUACAAGGCAGCAAUCACUGGGGAUGAAGUGCCGAAGUUCUUCUCCGGGAACUUGCUGCUCUUAAUUCUGUGAACAUAUCUUACUUUUGUGUGAGCAAUAGUAUUACAUAUUCUUGGGGUA